CUUCGAAACAUGCUUCGCUGAGCUUAUUCCACUCCCACUAGCAAACAAGCUAUCCUAGAUAAAAUCCAUCUCCCGCUGAAGUACGAUGCUGCCGUGGGUAGCGGGAGCACUGGUUUGGAUUGGCUUUGAUCGGUUGAGCUUCAGCCACGGAAGCCACAGCAGGCUUACCCCUGAGUGGUUUGGCGCGUGGCACAGCUUUUUCGACUGCACCUCCAACUCUCAUGAAACCUCCAUCCUAGCGUGGUCCGUCUCACUCAGCAUCGCCUCCGAAGCAGCGAAGCUCGCAAAUCCUCAAGAUUUCCAACUUGCCCGCCAUGCGGCCGUAACUCCGAGGCCCGACGGGAAGCUCUCUUCAGCUCCCACGCGCCCAGUAUCUACUGUGAACUCCUCUGAUGCCAGACUUGCAUUCUAGUGCUAGGUGUACACUGCCGCCGAAGAAUCGUACCGCCCACGGUGUAGCCACGACCAUUCGUCCUCGCCACGUACUUUCAUGCCCUUUGCGGCACAGCAGAGGCAGUGAGCGCUGUCACCACUUACCAGAAAACCUUCUUUUACCCGCACGGCGAGAACCAGUCAACCCGAAUCCUGCACCUAGUUUCAAACCCUGUGUAACGGGAGGCCUUCUGGUCACAGUAUUAUUAUCCGCAGUAUCCGUCCACAACAGUAAUCUACAUACGCAAGUAUCACGGCAUCAGCUUUCGCUGAAAACAUCUCGAGGCUUUCCAUUAUCUGUCUGUCUGGUGCAAGAUCUACCUGUAAGGCGUCCCACCAGUUACUAUUUAGUUUCGAUACGUAGGAGAGGGAGACAUUGGAAAUUGGCUCCCUUGUUGUCA